UUCCAUGGUGACAUCCACACAUCACAAUUAACAUUGUGCAAAGUUCUAAAAAUGCUAACGAAGUGAAAAGAAAAAGAGCAGAAGUUGCUCAGCAGUUUUACGAAUACAAUGGACACUUCCGUGGAGAGAAAAGACCAGACGCAGGCAGAGGAGCAGAGUUUGUUUCCCACUGCGGUGUCAGAAGAGGAGCUGGAUGAGGCCAGGAGAAAAAGCUCCUUCAAGCAGCUUUUUGGCUCCAGUAAAAUCUUUCUGGCACCAGGAGAGAAACGCCCUCACAGACCAGACCUUCAGGGGAGCCUCAUCAUCCAGAGCAAGGCUGCAGAGCACUACACAAAUGGAAAAGAGGCGAUGGGAAAGUUCCAGUAUGAGAAGGCGGUAAUCUGCUUCUCCAGAGCCAUCACACUGCAGCCUGAACAGACUCAGCUGUAUGUGAGUCAGGCGGAGGCCUACCUGCAGCUGUGUGACUUCCAGUCCGCAGCAGCCUGUUAUAAGAAGGCCUGGCUCCUGGAGCCCGGAGCCUUCAGAGACCGCCUGGCCUUCAUCUACUACCUCCAGGGCCAGUGUUUGUUUGACCGACGCCUUUUCCUGGAGGCUCUGGAGGCGUUCACUAAAGCUGCUGAGGUGAAGCCCGGCUGCAGGGUCUACGCAGUCAGAAGCCUGGCCUGUCUGACAGCUGCAGGUCACCUCACCGACUGUCUGCAGCUGGUCAACGACUGGAUGGUGUCAGACGGUCCCACCUCUGACCUUUACAUCCUCAGAGCCCGACUGCACCAGCAGCUCCACCAGGUUACAGCUGCAGGGACCUCUCACUUACUUCAGACACCUCCAACCAGCAGAAGAUACACUGUGUCACAAUGUUAUCGAGACGUGACGUCGGCGCUGGCGUUGAACCCGUCGUGUCCCGCGGCCGGAGCUCUGCUGCAGCAGCUGCAGCGAGCCGGUGAACAGGCCAGACAGAAGUCUGUGGACAGAGCUGUGAGCGGCGAGCUGCCUGAAGCCCUCUGCAUGAUCAACAUCGCUCUGGAGAACUGCCCCCGGGACGCACGCCUCUACCUGUUCAGAGGGAUUCUCUACCGACGUCUCAAAGACUUCACAGCCGCCAUCGAGGAUCUGAUCCAGGCUGUGGAGGACAAGAGGGACGAGCGAGGCUCCUUCGAAGAGCAGGUGGAGUUUCAGCUGGUUCUCACCUACAAUGACUUUGCCGUUCAGUGCUUCAGCAGAGGGCAGUACGCCGAAGCCACUCUGCUCCUCAACAAGGCCAUCGAGGAGGAGAAGAGCCAGGCAGGCCUGUACCUGAACCGAGGAGACUGUUUCUUUAAGCAGGGUGACUGGUGUUACGCUCUGGUCGACUACCAGCAGGCUGAGGAGAUGAUGAGACCUGGCGACCCUGCUGUCCGGCUGCGCCUCGCUGUCCUCCACAACACACUGGGCUCCUUCUGCUUCCAGGGCGGGCAUUUCCAGGAGGCAGCUGACAUGUUUUCUCUGGCCGUCCAGUACGACCCUUCAGCUGCUCAGUACUACGAGAAGAGAUCGAAGGCCUUCAGGAAGCUCCAGAACCUGAAGGGAGCCCGACAGGACCUGAUCUGUGUUCUGAUCCUGGAUCCCACCAACGAGGAGCUGCCGCCCAUGCUCAUGAGUCUGUUCCCUGGCUGCAGCGUCUCUGAUGUUUUGUCCAGUCCAGGAGGACAAGCCGUCAGAGAUCAGCUGAUGGACACCAUCCAGACCUGCACUUCCUGCUCUGAGCCACAAAGACUGAGUGAGAAGCUCCAACAGAUGACUCUGACCAAUCAGAGCACGGCGAGCCAAUCAGAAGCCCCACCUGAGGCAGGGGAGGAGCUGAGGUUGUGUAUGAACCAACAGGAGAUGGAGAUCAUGGUGAAGAGCCUCCUGCAGGGUCUCCACGUUCAAGUGUCCGUUUGACUAGAGGUGCGGGAUCAGAGGGGAGCUGGC